AUGAAACAAAUUAAAAUGACAUUGAAACAACACCUAAUACAAUUUAUGAAAAAAGUCUUUUAUCAUGCUUCUAAUAAUCAACCAUAUUCAAUUGCAUUCAUAGAUUCUAUAUCAAUAUAUUUUGAUAAAAUACAAAAUUAUGUUGAAUUAACAUGUCAAUUUUCAACAGGUGAUAUACAUGAUUUAUUACGUUUUAUAAUAUUUAUAUCAGAAAUAAUUUAUAUAAAUAUAUUUCAAAAAAAAACAUCAUUUCUUAGUUGUGAAACAGAUCAAAUAAUAUCAUGUUGUACAUUAUCGAAAACACUAUUAUCAAUAUUUGAAUAUAUUUAUCAAUGA